UUGCGACUUCGCAUCGUCACAGCCAUGCUUUCCUUGCGAGCAUUUAACAUUGCCAGCCCACGGUUGAUUUCUUCCAGGCGGAACGCCGUGGGGCAGCGACCCGUAAGGACAAUGGCAACAAAUAAGGAGGGCCUUAAACUGGAUAAAACCACUCCGGAGAGUGUCUGGAAGGAGAUCCUGAAUGCUGAGGAGUACACAAUCCUGAGACAGAAGGGCACCGAGCGGGCUGGCACGGGGCUGUACCUAAAGUGCUAUGAGGACGGCAUCUACAAGUGCGCUGGAUGCGGAACACCGCUGUACAAAUCGGAGACGAAGUUCAACUCCGGUUGCGGCUGGCCAGCCUUCUACGACGAGAUCCCAGGUGCCGUGGAGCGCCACGUUGACAAUUCGUACGGCAUGCGGCGUGUGGAGAUCACGUGCGCCAACUGCGGCGGGCACCUGGGGCACGUGUUCGAGGGCGAGGGCUUCCCGACUCCCACCAAUCAGCGGCACUGCGUCAACAGCGUCAGCAUUAAGUUCGAGCCGAAUAAGUAAAUUCACUGAGAGAUCGAGUGACUCCGCCCUGGGAAUUUUAGGGGGAGGCGUGGGGGAGAGGAGCUUGUUGUGGUGUUUUUUGGCUUUUCGAUGACACGGGAAGCCCUUAGGUUGCUAGUGAAGAUUGGAGCGGCGGGGCUUUGAUACUUUCAUUUGUGUGCAAACUCGCUUAAUUGCUGGUUCGCGUGUGGAGAGGGGAUUGUCGUGCGUGCGGGGUGGGCUUUGACUCCGCAAUGGCUGCUCUGAGCCAGGCGCUUGACGGGCAAGGAUCGGGCGAUCAUGUGUGUAUCAGAGAAUAUGUGUGUAGAAGGCUGAGGCAUAUACAGAUAAUGUAAAGUUUCGAGCUUGUAAAAGUCUUACGAACU